GCGGGCACUGGGUCAGACAUUGAAUCGUCUGACUGGACAGCGGGCAUCGGGUCACCAGGCAUCAAAUCAUUUGGCUCAACAGCGGGCACCGCGUCAUCUGGCAAGGCAGUGGGCUUUAAAUCAACAGGCAUGACAGUGGGCACCGGGUCAUCAGGUACCGGAUUGUCUGGCUCGACAGCGGGCACUGGGUCACCAGGCAUCAGGUCAUUUGGCUUGCCAGCGGGCACCGCGUCAUCUGGCAAGGCAGUGGGCACCGGGUCACCAGGCAUUGGAUCGUCUGGCUCGCCAGCGGGCAUCGGGUCACCAGGCAUCAGGUCAUUUGGCUCGCCAGCGGGCACCGCGUCAUCUGGCAAGGCAGUGGGCACCGAGUCACCAGAUACGACAGCGGGCUCUGAGUCAAUUGGCACGACAGCGAGCACCGGAUCAGGUACCGGAUCAUCUGGAUCAACAGCGGGCAUCGAGUCAACUGGC